AUGAGGAUCCUGACACUUGGUCUCUUAACACUCCUCGCUUUCCGUCUCCUAAGGCUUUCUUCUUGCGAAGUCCUGGGCCCUGACAGCUUUGUCUUGCGCGUGGAGGCUGAAGGCUUCAUGCACUUUCACGAUGUUGAUGCGUUGGAGCGUUUUGUGACUUCUGCUCCCUCUGGUCGCCAAGUUUUUCAUGAGUAUAUUCGCAAGGGUCAGCUUCAGAAGAUUAAGCUCGAUCUGGAUGGUAACGAAGCGCGCCUUGCGAAAUACCCUGACCCUCUCCUUAUCGCCGACUCUGCCCCCUCUGACGCCUCUGCCGCUGCAAGAUUGGUUAUCACCAGCCACCGCCUCCCUGUGUGGCGCGAUAUGACUCGCCUCACUGGCUCUCCUAUUCGCCAUGAUGAUAUUUUCGUCGCUAACUCUUCCAACCGGUCUAAGUGGAGCGUCCACAUUAUUCUGCCCACAUUCUUCGUAAAUGGUGCUGCCAAAGUGAGGAAAUUUACUGACAACUUGCUGCAGCUCCCCUUCCUCCAGCAUUUUCGCGCCUCUGGCAUUCUCGAUGAAGGGGUUAACAAGAACAUUCAGAACUUUCAUUUGGCGGGCUUCCAUAAGCGGUCUGACCCCUCAAGGGUUAAAGUGAUUCGUACGUCUCAUUCCUGGCGUGACUCCCUUAUCACCUUCAUAGAGCCUGGGGAUGUCGAGCUCUAUCCUUACUUAAAGUCAUCUGCCGCUCCUGUUCCUGUGAAGGUUCCGGAUUCUCCUUCUGCGCAAGAUCUGGAUCAGGUUGUGAAGCUUGUUGUGAAACGCUUUCCUUUUCUGGCAUUUCACGGUUGCGUUGCUGGGCGUGAUGACUAUGAUCACCUGUACCCCUCUCUUUGUGACGUCUGCAAUUCUGGCUCAAAACACACGAGCGAUAACAUGUACAGCGUUUGGCGCGGCGCUGCGUAUUAUCUCCACUGCUACAGGGCCUCCGACACCGCUGAGCCUAUCAAGAUCUUUGAGGUGUCCGCUAAGAAGUUGAAACCUCCCAGCAGAGCUGCUCUCUUGGCUGCCCGCCUCUCGUCGCAGUCGAGUCGCAGGGGUCUAUACCUUUGGACCUCACCUUCUCUCGCGUUGCCUCCGAUCCCUCUCAGAUUUAUGAGGAUGAGCGAUCUUAAGACCUGGGAUGGUUCUCUGGCAACUGUGUUAAUUCUCUCUGGUCGUCACUCACUCGCUCAUGGUCAGAAGGCCCUCUUCGCGGGCUUCGAGCUCUACCUCGAUCACGCGUCUGUCUCCUUCUCCCUCUGUGCGAAUCCUCGCCUGAUCAUUAGCCCCGAGAGCCUCUACAAGAUUGAUUCCUCUGGUUAUGACGUGAUUGUCUUGGACGAGUUCGAGACUAUCACCCAGAACUUUAGCGGGCUCACCAUGAGGAAGCCUGCCCUCUGCCACAACAUCUACAAGUCCCUGCUCCAUGAUGCUUCGCUCGUCUUGGCCUUGGACGUGUCCUUGGAUACUUCCGGAGUCACUCACCUGCAAGAUCUAGCCCUAAUUGGCUCUGAAAAUAGCUGCGUUCACUGGAACCGGUACUUGCGCAAUCAGCGUGAGGCUCGCUUCUACAUUUCUAACAACCGAUGGAACUCCGAGCUCCUGGGGUCCCUUGAGAGCGGCCUUAAAGUCUAUAUCCCCAUGUUCUCCAGCCCUGAAACCGCCUUGGCCUUGCAUCAGAAAUUGGAAAGUCUGGGCUUUCGCGGUCACUGCUUUACCAAGCUCCUCAGUGAAGUCGAGAAAAAAGAGACUUUUGCUGAUAUUAACUCUGCCGUGCGUGGCCUCGACUACUUGAUUGCCACUCCGGUUAUGACCUGUGGUAUCAAUAUCACUGUGGCUGGUUUCGACGUUGCCUUCGCCCAUUUUCGCACCAACGCUGGCAUUUUUUUCUACAGCGCUUAUCAGAUGCUUUAUAGGGUUCAGAUUCUCUGUAGUCAGCGCGUUCACAUCCUCACUGACCUGCGCAGGGACAGUCUUCCCGUGUUUUGCGAGGACCUUCUCGCUUUCAUCGCCCACUGCUGCAACUACGCCAAGUUUCCCAAACUUGAAGAGGCCCACUGUGAGCGCAUCCUCACUACUGAUGGGCAUUUUGUCCUUAAACUUUGUCCCGCCUAG